AUGACGGCGACGGCGACGGCGACGGCGACGGCAACGGCAACGGCGACGCGCAAGUCGUUUGCCCACCUCGACCAAAAGGCGAUUCUGCGCAAGAUGGAUCUCCGGCUGAUCCCGAUGCUGGCACUUCUUUAUCUGCUCUCGUUCCUUGACCGUGGCAACAUCGGCAACGCCAAGAUCGAGGGCCUGCAGGAAGACCUCGGGCUGACGGCGGACCAGUACAACCUGUGCCUGACCGUCUUCUUCUUCAGCUACGCCGCCUUCGAGGUGCCGAGCAACCUGCUGCUCAAGAAGCUGCGCCCGAGCCGCUGGCUGCCGACCAUCAUGGUGGCGUGGGGCGUGGUCAUGACGCUGAUGGGCGUGGUGCAGGGCUUCGCGGGGCUGCUGGCCGCGCGGCUGUUCCUGGGCGUCGCCGAGGCCGGCCUGUUCCCCGGCAUCGCCUACUACCUGACUAUGUGGUACACGCGCGACGAGAUCCAGCUGCGCCAGGCUCUCUUCUUCAGUGCUGCGUCGAUCGCCGGCGCUUUCAGCGGGCUGCUGGCCUACGCCAUCUCCAACAUGGGGGGCGUCGGCGGGCUGGCAGGCUGGCGCUGGAUUUUCAUCCUCGAGGGCAUCGCCACCGUGCUGAUCGCUGUUUUCGCCUUUUUCGUGCUGCACGACUUCCCCGAAACGGCCUCUUUCCUGGCCGACGACGAGCGCGCUUUUGUCGUCGACCGUCUCAAGUUCCAAGGCCAGAGCAAGAGUCGUGUCCACCUGGCAACUGUCCAGGUGGCGCAGGCCGACGAGUUCAGGUGGGCGUAUGUCUGGCAGGCCUUUGGCGACUGGCAGAUCUGGGCUAGCAUCGUGGUUUACUGGGGUAUCGUGUGCCCUAUCUACGGCAUCAGCCUGUUCCUGCCCACCAUCGUUCACACGCUGGGCUACUCGCCCAGCACGGCGCAGCUGAUGACAGUGCCCAUCUACAUCACGGCAGCGGUGCUGGCCGUGCUCGUGGCCUAUGCCUCGGACCGCGUCGGGAAGCGCAGUCCGUUCGUCGUCGGGCUGCUGAUCGUGGCGGCCAUGGGCUUCUCCAUGUGCAUCGCCUCGUCGGACCCCCACGUCGUGUACGGCGGCGUAUUCGUAGCCGCGUGCGCCGUCUAUCCGGCGUUCCCCGGCAUCAUCACGUGGCUGAGCAACAACCUGGCGGGGUCGUACAAGCGCAGCGCCGGCAUGGCCAUCCAGAUUGGCGUUGGCAACCUCGGGGGCGCCAUGGCUUCCAACUUCUACCGCCAGAAAGACGCAGCGCGCUACGUCCUCGGCCACGGGCUGGAGCUCGGGUUCAUCGGCGCCGGCAUUGUCGCGGCCGCCGGGCUGGCGGCGAGCUACUCGGCCAUCAACAAGAAGCGGGACAAGAUGGUGCGAGACGGCCCGCUGCACUCGUACACUGCCGAAAAGCUCUCCGCCAUGGGCGACCGUGCCGUCACUUUCCGAUACAUGCUAUAA